AUGGGAAUUUCGCUUGUAACGGUAUCCUUUGUCUUCUUGUUUUCCUCUUCAACUGGAGCUCCAGCACAAACCUUCAGAAAACGUGCACCAUGGCCACAGCUUGUAGCACGCGCUAGUUAUAGACUAUCAGACACUUCUCUUUUCGGCGAGUUCACUUUUAGUCAACUCCCAGAGCAAAUCACUCGUCUUCUCGGGCAAAUCAACGUCGGAUUCGAUAGUACAGAUGCAACCGUCUAUAAAUUCUUAAUUACUGCCAAUCAAGAUGGAACUAAUGUAAUCAGGAUUUUGAAUCCAAAAUUCACUGUUAAUGCGCCACCAGGAGGCUCUUCUGCUAUCCAAUUGGACAUCCCAGAUAUCGCACUUCAACCUAAUUUAACUAUUUUUAAUGCUACGAGUGUCGCGACGGAUGUUCAUAACCAAUUCCUUAGCAUUUUUAAUAGAGAUACUUUGUUGGGUAGUGCUCAAAUUCUUAUUGUACCAUAA